ACUCCGCCCACACUUCACGUUAUUGAAGGAAGAAGAAUUUGCUGCAGUCCCUCGUAUUUUGCAUUUUGCAAGAAUCUUUCCCCGUGUUUAGAAAUAAAUUAAGUGUUGCUUAAUUGGACUAGCCUGCGUUGAGAGCCCCGACGGGAGGGAAUAUAUAGAGGUACCUUCCCUCAGCAUCAGUGGAACAUGGACAGCGAGGGCAGAAAGGUUGUCGUCUGUGACAAUGGCACAGGGUUUGUCAAGUGUGGCUUCGCUGGCUCCAACUUCCCUGAGCACAUCUUCCCUGCGUUGGUGGGUCGGCCCGUCAUUCGUUCAAACACCAAGGUCGGAAACAUCGAGAUUAAGGACUUGAUGGUGGGUGAUGAGGCCAGUGAGUGUCGCUCCAUGCUGGAGGUGUCCUACCCCAUGGACAACGGCAUCGUGCGCUCCUGGGAAGACAUGCUUCACCUGUGGGACUACACCUUCGGCCCUGGGCGCCUCAAUAUCAGCCCCCCAGACUGCAAGGUGCUGCUGACGGAACCGCCCAUGAACCCCACUAAGAACCGGGAGAAGAUUGCAGAGGUCAUGUUCGAGACCUACCAGUUCCACGGCAUCUAUGUAGCUAUCCAAGCCGUGCUCACACUCUAUGCCCAGGGGUUGCUAACGGGUGUGGUUGUGGAUUCGGGUGACGGUGUGACCCACAUCUGCCCCGUGUACGAGGGCUUCUCUCUCCCGCAUCUCACGCGCAGGCUGGACAUCGCAGGGCGUGACAUCACACGCUACCUCAUCAAGCUGCUGUUGCUGCGCGGCUAUGUCUUCAACCAGUCGGCGGACUUUGAGACGGUCCGCAUGAUGAAGGAGGAACUAUGCUACGUGGGAUACAACAUAGAACAGGAGCAGAGACUGGCCACAGAGACCACCGUGCUAGUGGAGUCAUACAUACUCCCUGACGGUCGUCAGGUGAUGGUGGGAGGGGAGCGGUUCGGGGCCCCUGAGGCCCUCUUCCAGCCCCACCUCAUCAACGUAGAGGGAGCCGGCGUGGCUGAGCUGCUGUUCAACACCAUCCAGGCUGCUGACAUAGAUCUCAGGUCUGACUUCUACAAGCACAUUGUGCUGUCUGGAGGCACCACCAUGUACCCCGGCCUUCCCUCCAGACUGGAGAGAGAGAUCAAACAGCUCUACCUGGAGAGGGUGCUGCAGGGGGACACUGAGAAGCUCUCUAAGUUUAAGAUCCGCAUUGAGGACCCUCCACGGCGUAAACACAUGGUGUUCAUGGGUGGCGCAGUGCUGGCUAACAUCAUGAAGGACAAGGAGUCCUUCUGGCUAAGCCGGGCUGAGUACCUGGAGAAAGGCCUAAGGGUUCUGGACAAACUGGGAGGAGGCGUGAGAUAAAGGUGAAAUAGGGGUUAGGUAGGGUCUCACACAGACGAGGUCUGGGGGUGCCAGACAAACUGGGGCGCGGCAAUAGAUAGAAGUGCUCGGUCGUAUUGACUUGGAACAAAUGGAAGAAAACGCUGUGCUCUAAUGAACACGACACUGGAUAAAAUGGUGGCCGGGGUCAGCUAGACUUAAUACAAAAUAAAGAGUAUAUGAUACUGUGUUAAAAACUGUGAUUCUGUAAUAGAGAAAUGAUCAUGCUUUCCUGGAUGCAUAGGGGCCAGCCAUUAGCUCUGAUUAGAAAUCUCUGUUAUAAGAAGCAUGACAUAGAAUAGCAUUCUCCUCUUCGUAAUGAUAAACUUUCCAAGAUGUUUCCCUUGUCAAAUUGACAUAUUGUAUUGCAUACAGUACAACAAUUACACAAUAUAAUUGUACAAUUGUAAUGUUUCACAUUUUUACCAUUUUAAUUCUCACUGUGUCAAAUUGAACCCUUUUGAUGAGGUUCGUUAUGUUGUUUCAAAUACAUAUGAAAAUAAAUACAACUGACUUUAAUCUAAAUGCCAAAUGGAAUAAAGUGAAUGUUAUGGUCUUUGACUGAAUAGCC